CCGGUAUUUUUAUUUUCUGCUGUUUUUUUUUUACAAAACCUUUGAAAUCUUUUAAUUUUUUUCAUCUUAAUUAAAACAUAACCCUAAGAAUAGAAUAAUGAGGGUCGUAGGUCUAAUUAGUGGUGGCAAAGAUAGCAUUUUCAACUUGAUGCAGUGCAAAGCUGAAGGGCAUGAGAUUGUGGCGCUGGCCAAUUUGUAUCCCAAUGAUGACCGGGAGGAGAUGGACAGCUGGAUGUACCAAACUGUUGGUCACAGUGGCAUUGAGAUGAUUGCCACAGCUCUAGACCUGCCACUGUAUCGGCGGAAGACAAGUGGGGUGUGUCAGCAAAAUAGGCAGGACUACACACCGGAAGACCCAGCAGAUGAAGUGGAGGAUCUCUAUCAUUUGCUGCAUGAAGUGAAGAUGGUGGAGAAGGUGGAUGCUGUUGCAUCGGGAGCUAUUCUAUCCGACUACCAGAGAUGUCGUGUUGAGAAUGUCUGUGCGAGGCUACAGCUAACAUCACUUUCUUACCUUUGGCGUAGGAAUCAGACAAAGUUACUGCAGGAAAUGAUUGACUGUGGCAUGGAGGCGAUUGUGAUAAAAGUAGCAGCUCUAGGGCUGACUCCUGAAAGGCACUUGGGUAAGACACUCAGAGAGAUUCAGGGAGAUGUCAUGAAGUUGAACAAGGAGUUUGGGGUGAAUGUUUGCGGCGAAGGUGGAGAGUAUGAGACAUUCACACUGGAUUGCCCUCUGUUUAAGUAUCGAAUUGUUGUGGCUGAUCGGAAGAUAGUAUCUUCAGCAGAUGAUGUGGGAUACAUUGUCUUUGAGAAGCUCAAUUUAGAGAAGAAAAGUCCAGAAGAAGUCAAAGUUCUCAUAAGUCCGGAAGCAUCUUACAAAGGAUUCGAAUAUGGGGAUUUCUCUGUGUCUGAAGUGAUUCAAAAGGUUGGGGAGGACUUUGAGUAUCCCCACAGAAGCAGGAUUCCAUCUGAUAGGCCAACUGAAUGGAUUUGGUUGCCGGCAAUUCAAGGAAAUGGCCAAGAUUGCGAAGAAGGUGCAAAGAAUGCAAUGGAACAACUUAAAAAAUCCACUGAAGACUGCAAAAUCCAGCUCACGGAUAUUAUUUCAAUAAAUAUAUUCGUGAGAAGUAUGAAGGAUUUUGCAAAGAUCAAUGCGGUCUACUCAUCUUACCUGAACUUCCAGAAUCCUCCAAGUCGAGCUUGUGUUGAAACAAAACUUCCGGAGAAUGUGUGGGUUGUACUCGAAGCUCUCGCCGGAAUCCCUCAUCCAGACACUCCAAAAGACUGUGUUCACGUGCAGGGAAUCUCCCACUGGGCCCCCUCAAAUAUUGGCCCCUACAGUCAAGGUAAGAAACUCGGACGUAUAACAAUAAUCUCUGGACAAAUAGGCCUUAUUGCUGGGAAAAUGUCCCUACCUCCCAAUGGAGACUUUUCUACGGAGUGCAAACUCUCCCUGAGAAAUGCAGACUGUGUAAUUCGCGCCUUAGACUCCGCCCAAGGGCUCCAGAAUGUCUCCUAUGCAAUUUGCUACCUUCCGGAAUCACGUUUAAUUCCCAAAGCUGCAGAGAUGUGGGAUAGUCUCUCUUGUGAUGCAAUUGUCACCUACGUGGUAGUUUCAUGUCUUCCCAGGAAUGCUCAAAUUGAAUGGCAGGUUCUUCUUCAUUCUCCUGAGAAUCCUUCAACGCUGAAUAAAAUCACCUACAGCACCGAAACCUUUGAGCUGAAUCUCCAGAAGCUCUCCAAUUCAUCAGAUAAUUUUAAAAUUGUUUCCGGAAUGAUACUAAAUCGAAACGAUGCUUCAGGUCAAGAUUCUUCUCUUGAUCAUUUCGGAGAAUUGCUGGAGAGAAUGUGGAAGAACUUCUCAUCUGGGAAAGUUAGUAAAUCCACGCAUUGUAGGGUGUUUUAUAAAGUAACCGAAGAGCAGAGAAUUCAAUCAAAAUUGCUGAGUUUCCUUGAAGAAUUGAAAAUUAAUUUUGUUGUAGUCCCUGUAGUGGAUUUGGAAGAUGAAGCAAUUGCAUCAAUAACUUUUAUUAAUUUAGAUUAAAAAAUAUAUUUAAAAUUUCAUCUUUCUCCGCAAUUUUGAAGCAUUUUUCAUAGAGAAAUAAAUAAUUUUAUUGGAAUUUU